AUGCUUUUAAGAAAAUGGAACACUGCUGCUGGUUCAUUUGUCGUACCCAAGUACCCCCUAAUACUUGAGGGUGAAGGCGUUCAAGGGGAGAAAAUCGCUCGCCAAAAAAGUCUACUCAAAAUCCAAGACACUUUCUUCAGGUUCCGUUGCAACUUUCUUUGUACUAAUACACGUUUUUUUUCACAAGGUCCAGAGAUACUGGCAAACUUCGCCAAGAAUGUUGCCUCUGUGCUGUCGCCGGCUAUCCUGGGCGAGUUACAGACCCGCAGCAACCGAUCGUCCUACCUGGUGGCCGCCGUCCCUGCAAACAAUGAUGCAAACUAUGAUCUGAACUCACCCUCGACUAUAGACAACAUAGUCGACAAGACGACGAACACGGCUAGCUACUAUCAACCACGCACUUACCCUUACAAUGGGCUGUACGAAGGAGACACUCCCGCAGGACUAGCGAGCUCUCAGCCGAACGAAGGAAGGCUCCAGGGAUCCCUUCGAUAUGAAUCCUACCGGCGCCAGGAGCGACCGAACUUUUACGGGUCCUACGAUUUUUCGGCGAACAACGAGAAUUUUGGAGCGACCCAAAAAUCCGCUGUAAAUGUCGCGCCAUCGAUCGACGUGUCAUCCACCAACCAAUACUCCUCUUAUCAAGGGGUCGGUUUUCAUAAGGCCGCUCUCGCCCCCGAGCCCUACGCAGGCUUCCCCGGUUUCGGGCCCUACGGGCAUUUUCCUGGCUAUCAUCACGGUCACCAUCAUCGUCCAUAUGGGGGCAACGGGGGUGACGAGCCGCCACCGGGUAAUGGGGGCUCUGCUCCGGAGCAGAGCGCGCGACAGGAGAACAAUGGGACCAACUAUGGAGGCUACGGCUACGGCUCGCCGUACUUCGGAAACCAUGGCUAUCAUCAUCCGUAUUCUUCGUUUCCUUACGGCGGAUAUGGACCUAAUCACGGCCCGUUUUACGGGUCUUACAAUGGCAACGGGAAUAACACGUCCGGACAGAACGGACAGAACGGAUACGGCUACGGGCCUUAUCACGGAGGUUUCGAUUUCUAUGGACCACCUGGUUAUGGUUACGGUCAUGGUCAUAGCAAUGGUCAAGGCAACAGAAACGGUAAUAACGGCAACAGCAGACAAACCGACGGAUCCGCCGACCCCCAGAGUAACUCGACAAAAAACGGCUAUCCGCGGCCUUACGGGCCGCACCUGGGAACUUUCCACCCUCACGGAUUCCCAUCCCCUUUCAAUCUGCUUCCGUACGAUCAUUUCGGCGUAAUAAAAGGCGGUCCUGUGGGCGGGGUCGGCCAAGUUGGCUAUCCUAUCUAUGCCGAUCCGUUUCUGAUUGGCUUUCCGUUCCCUUAUCCUUACGGUCCAAUCUUCUACGGUAAGAAGUACUUGCCGAAGGACAAACCCGCCGACUCGGGUGAAUCGGGUGAAUCGCGCGAGAUGACGCAGGCACCAGCUGGAGGACUCAUGCAAAACGAGAAUCCCGAGCGGAUCAGCGCGCUUAGCGGCGAGGUGGUAGCACCGGCUCCGAGCUCGAAUCGAUACAAUCGAUACAACAAAACAUCAGGGCGAAAGGGAUCGAAGCGAAUCAGCCCGGCUAAUCUCGAGGGCCGGAAAGUCUGAUUUACAAAAGCGGUAACUUUGAAUCUGGCAAACGAAAGUAAAGUUGAAGUUCUAUUGCGAGGGAAAUAUAAGAUGUGAAAAAUUUAAAGGUACAUCCUCUUUCCCCAGAUUUCGAAGUAGGUUGCGAAAAAUUAAAUAAAAAAUUAAGUAAUGAAUUAAGAGGGUGAAGUACUGAUGAUUACGAGUCGGUGAAUGUAUAUUUCUCUCGUAUUUUAUGUAUAAUUUUUCUUCUGCCAGGCGAUGCGUGAUUUAAAUGCUGAUUGUUGCUAAUUAUGUAUUCCAUUAAAAAAUAAAAUGUAAAACUGAUAACAUGGA